AUGGCGUCGUCAGGGUCUGCGGAGGCGAGUGAGGCCGCCCCUGCAUUCCCGGAUGCCCCUGGCGAGACCGGCGGAGCCACUUCGUCGGGCGUGCCGCCACCGAGCGCAGAGUUUCCGCCGCCCGCUCCCGGGCGAAAGGAGUCUGACGGCGAGAAGGAAGAAGAAGUCUUGGCCAAGAUCCACGCAACGCGCGCGAUGUGGCAGACCAAACUCGACGAGAAGAUGGCGAAGAAGGAACAAGACGAAUACGAUGCGGAAGCUGUGGCUGCAAGGCGUCGCGAGGUCCUGAGCGAGCGCGAGACGCGCAAGCUCCUUCGCCACGAGGCGCGGAGCUCCGCCGCAGACGAGGACCCGACCUCGCUCAAAAGUGGCAGGCCCAGCGAAGCAGAGAGGACGUCCACACUCUCUUGGCGCAACAGCGAAAGAAAUGGAAUAUCUCCCGAAGAGCGCCUCAGGAGACAAGAGGAAGAAGAUCUUCUAGUCGCCCAGCGUCUUCAAGAAGAAGAGGCGCUGGCCGCUUCGGCCGCAGAAGCCGCGCUUCGCGGCGACGGCAAGUUGGAAGAGGGCGAGGAGAGACCCGAGGGCCAUCAGGAGGAACUCGACAGAGACUUUCUCCUGGCGAUGGAGCUUCAGGAGCAGGCGCAGCAAGAGGCGCAACAGGCGGCUGACUUGCGUCUGGCGGGGCGUCUGCAGCGGGAGGAGGACGCGGCCGCAGCGCAGGCGGCGGCGGCGGCGCGGAUGCGGUGCUCGUCUUUCCCCAUGCCUUGCCCUGGAGGCGCGCCGGUGCCUGCUCACUUCUUCAACACCGUGAACGCCGUGCCGGCAUACCGUACAACCGGAGGCGGGAGCAGCGUGUCGCAGCAAGCGGGCCUUCAGAGAGUUCAAACUGUCUCCUCGGCCGCGGCGCCGCGACACACGCAGAACCCUGCGAUCGACGGAGAGAACGCGAGGAAGAAAAAGGGAUUCUUCGCGAGGAUUUUCGGGAGGAGAGACAAGUCCGCGGAGUCAGGCAAGACAUCCUCUUCGUCUUCCGCGCCUCGUCCUCACUUUUUGCAAGAAGGGCCUGAAAAUCCGCCUAUCCGCCCCGACCUCGUUGCCUGCUGCGCGCCGCACGCGGAGCCACAGGUAAUUCCCGUCGCUGCGGCGUACCGGCCUCAGGGGCCUCCCACCGUCGUGCCGCAGAGCCUCGAGCUCGUCGACGUGAGGCGCGAGGGCGAAGGAUUCAGCGGACAGGCCAGCGGACAGGCCAGCGGACAGGCGCAGGGAGGGAGCCACCAGAGACAGGUGGUUCAGGUAGUCCAGACGGUGGAGCCUGAAAGAGACCGCCCAGGGCCUCCCCCGCGGGGGGCGCCGGUGAAGGGCAGAGAGAAGGCCGAGGGCGCCCCAAAGAAGUGA